AUUUACGACACAAGGGCCCUGGCAACACUGCAGGUUAUACUUACAUAUUUGUUUGUCACUGUUUGUCACUCUAACUCACAAUACUUUUAUAUUUUAUUGAUUUCUAUCCACAAAUUAAUUAGUUAUUGCGAAACAAAAAUUACGGAUAUUAGUUUUGCUCAUAAGGUUUAGACUAGGAUCAUUAUGGGUGCUGUGCUAGGACUUUGUUCUGCAGCACAGCUGGCAUGUUGCUGUGGAAGUGCAGCAUGCUCUCUGUGCUGCUCUGCUUGCCCGACGUGCGCAAACUCGACCUCCACACGGCUCAUGUACGCCGUAAUGCUUCUGCUCGUCAUGAUCGCCGCCUGCAUAACUCUCGCACCAGGAUUACAUGACGAAUUGAAAAAGGUUCCAUUUUGUGCAAAUUCAACACAUUUAAUACCAGGAAAUCUGAAGGUGGAUUGUGAUCAAGCUGUUGGCUAUCUAGCGGUAUACCGGAUUUGUUUUGCAGCAUGUCUCUUCUUCCUACUAAUGGCUCUUAUAAUGAUUGGUGUCAAGUCAUCUAAGGAUCCAAGAGCUGGUGUACAAAAUGGUUUUUGGGGAAUCAAGUAUUUGCUGGUGAUUGGUGGCAUUAUUGGUGCUUUCUUCAUACCUGAGGGGCAAUUUGCAUCUACAUGGAUGGUGUUUGGUAUGAUUGGGGGCUUCUGUUUCAUAAUCAUACAACUUAUUCUGAUUAUUGACUUUGCACACACUUGGGCCGAGAGAUGGGUUUCAAACUACGAAGAAUCGCAGUCUCGUGGUUGGUACGCAGCACUGCUGCUCGCGAUGCUCACCUGCUUCGCACUGACACUCACAGGCAUCGUGCUUCUGUAUGUGUACUACACUAAGCCCAGCGGCUGUGACCUGUCGAAGUUCUUUAUAUCGUUCAACCUGAUCCUGGUGGUGGGUGCGAGUGCGGUCUCGAUCCUGCCGUCGGUGCAGGAGCACCAGCCGCGCUCGGGGCUGCUGCAGUCGUCGGUGGUGGCGCUGUACGUCAUGUACCUCACCUGGUCCGCGCUCUCCAACGCGCCCGGCGAAUGUAACAGCAUCACCGGCGGAUCCGCCCAGUCAUCCUUCGACAAGCAGUCGAUCAUUGGGCUGUGCAUUUGGGCGUGCAGCGUGUUGUACUCGAGCAUCCGUACCGCGUCAUCCUCCUCCAAGAUAACUAUGUCUGAGCACAUCCUCGCUAAGGAGGGAUCCGCAGGCCAAGGAGGGCUCAUUGCUAAUGAAGAGGGCGCUGACGGCGGCGAGGCGGGCCGCGGCGAGGAGCCCAAGGUGUUCGACAACGAGGGCGACGGCGUCGCCUACUCCUGGACCUUCUUCCACCUCGUGUUCGCGCUCGCCACGCUCUACAUCAUGAUGACACUCACCAACUGGUAUAACCCAAGCUCGCAGCUGUCGAAGGAAAACGUCGCGUCAAUGUGGAUUAAGAUCACGUCCUCGUGGAUGUGCGUGGGUCUGUACGUGUGGACCCUGGUCGCCCCCGCCGUCUUCCCUGACAGGGACUUUAACUAAACACUAAGUUUAUGUAGUUGCGUAUUUGCUUGAUAUUAAUAUGUUAUCAUUUAUCAUUAAGUCAAUAUUUGGAAAUUCCAAUGUAAUAUCUUUUACCCGCAAAUUGAUUAUUCCUCAAAUAUUAAUUUUAUUUUGAUAUCCUCUCUUUGGAGAUUUCGUAAUUUUGACACAUAUUGGACCGAGAGAGUUGCAUUAUUACUUUUUAAUAGUAAAAUCCAUGUAUUGCAAAGCAAUUAAGCCUAAAACCUAAGAAACUCUGAAUUUACGAUGUUCCCCUUAUAGGGGGUGUCAGGAUAUAGAACGUAAAAAAAAACAAAAAUAUGAUCUCUUUAUCCAUAUUAUUUUUUCCUUAGAUACAUAGAAACAUGAAAAUAAUUAAAUAGUCAAUCAUUUAGUGAUCGCUCUUUGCUGCUUAAACAACUAAAAUAUUAGUUAAGGCUAAUAUACUAAGUAAGACUAGUGAAUAAUUUCAUAAAGUAAUCGUUUUAUUUAAUGUAGGAAGUAAAUAUUAACUUAGUCCUCUUUCUUAUUAAAUCUGUUCUUACUCUGUAAUCUGUACACUCCUACUAUAUUACUCAAAUCUAAUUAGAAAUUUCUUAAGUACGCGUCUUCUUUCUAAAUUUUCGUAACAGACUGCUUUUUUGUUCUUACGUAAAUGGAUUUCGUAAUUUAUUUUAAUGUUCUAAUACUUAUUCUGUUUUUCUUUACAAUACUUUGUUAUUUGUAUGAAAAAAACAUUAUAUCAUGUAUUUUUUUAAUAAAGCACCAUUCCUGGUACCUGAGCAGUUA